CACCGUACAUUCUGAAAAAAUUGGAAAAAAAAAACUCACUCCAAGAUGGCGCUGCGCACAGUUUGCACCACUGCUCUGCGAACUGGGACAGACUUAGGGGUCAAUAAUGCGAGGACGUUUGUCACAACAGCGUCCCUCCGCAGACGGACACCCCCCCUGGGCCCAAUGCCACAUGCGGAGAUCGACGCUCGAAACCUGGAGUCGGUGGAGAAGUAUCGCAGCUACACUCGCUACCUCAGACAAGCCGAGGAGGCCAAGAACAAGCCUGAGUGGUGGAAGACCUACAGGAGCUACGUGGAACAGGCCGAUCCUGAUCACGGGGCAGAGCAAGUCGACAUUGGACUACCAUACUCUCGAGCCUGCAGGACCAAAGAAGUGAGGGAGAGGAGGCAGGUGAUUAAGGACAACAAGAAGAGCGCUGAGCUGGAGAGGGCUUUGCGUCUGCGCACUUUAAAGAUCCCUCUGGAUCGAGUGCAGGAAACCUGGGAGAAGAGCAGUGGGCCGUUUCAAAUAAAGAGACUGGCAGAACACUACGGAGUCUUCAGAGAUCUCUUCCCCAUGGCCUAUUUUCUACCUCAAGUGCCACUCCGUAUCUGCUAUGGCCAGGACAACAGUGGUCAAGUGCAUUAUGGGAACCGGCUGACACCGACUGAAGCAGCAUCUGCCCCUCAGAUCGGCUUUGAUGCAGAGGAGGGCUCCCUGUGGACCCUUCUGCUCACCUGUCCAGAUGAGCAUCUUCUGGAUAAUGAGGCAGAAUACGUCCACUGGCUAGUGGGGAACAUACCAGGCGGAGCGGUGAAGGCUGGAGAGGACCUGUGUCACUACCUGCCGCCCUUCCCUGCCAGAGGAACAGGCUUCCACCGCUACAUAUACGUCCUCUUCAAGCAAGAGGGGCCCAUCAGCUUCCAGGAGGAUGUCAGGCCGUUGCCGUGCCAUUCUCUGGUGGAUCGCACAUUUAAGACGGUGGAUUUCUACAGAAAGCAUCAGGACCACAUGACACCUGCAGGCCUGGCCUUCUUCCAGUGCCAGUGGGACGAAUCUGUCACCAACACCUUUCACAACACACUCAACAUGAGGGAGCCGGUGUUUGAGUUCAUCCGGCCUCCAGUGUACCACCCUCCACAGGUCAAAUACCCUCAUCAACAGCCCCUGCGCUACCUGGACAGAUACAGAGAUGGAAAGGAGCACACCUAUGGGAUAUACUGAUAACGUGACACAUACUCACAGAUUGGAGAAAAUCUCAUUAACACAUUUCCUCCAAAUGUGGAAUAAUGUUGGUGUAUUUAUGCUAUAAUAAUACUAAUAAAUCAUUUUUCAGCUGUC